AUGGCAUUGGCUUUGGGCCCACUCCAGCUCGCCGCCCUCCUAGCUCUGCUCUGCGUGGCCGUGGCCGUCGCCGACAUGGCUCCCUCGCCUUCUCCUUCAUUUUCGCCCUCGUCUUCUCCAUCUCCUUCAUCUUCUUCUUCGCCUUCGUCUUCUUCCUCAUCUCCUUCAAUAUCAUCCGCUCCUUGGUCCUCUCCCUCUUCAGCACCUGCCCCGGGCCCGGCCGGCGUUGACAACCGCAUCCAAUACUAUGACCUUCCCGAUGAGGUUGACGCUCCCUCGCCGUCUAGUUACAACGCUGCAGCUCCUGGCCCCGAUGGUUUCGUGGACUACGACGUUUCCGAUCUCUUCUAG